AUGCGGGCAGAGGCCGGUGGGCUGGGUUUCCUCUUAAUUUCCGACUCUGACCGCUGCACCUCCCAAUUAUGGAAGAGGUUGACUGACUGUGAUGGUAUUGCUUCAUGGGCGCUUGCAAGAACUAUUCAACUUAACAAGCUACUUUCCCUGAAUCCAGAGGAGGAAGAGCGCAUAGUGAUGCUAGGGUUUGCUGAAAACAACAAUGUGUUGUUGCUGUGGACGGUUGUUGGCCUCUUCACAAUCCAUCUCGAGUCAUUAAAGUUCAAGAAGCUUUUCAAAACUAUGCAAAUUUCUCACUAUCAUCCAUUCGAAAGUGUCUACACUGAAGGUAUAUAA